UCCCAGGAGCCCAAGGAGCGCAAGUCGGUGACGCUGGAGGAGCAGCCCUCGGGGAUCUACCACUACAGCUCCUGCGAGGAGGACACGGCCACGGCCACCGCCACGGGGACCUGUCCCUUCGGGCCCUACCAGGGCCGCCAGACCAGCGACAUCUUCGAGGAGGCCAAGCGGGAGCUCAUCAAGCUCAUGAAGAUCGAGGACCCUUCUCUGCUCAACAACCGCGUGCUGCUCCACCACGCCAAGGGCGGCACGGUCAUCGCUCGCCAGGGUGACCAGGACGUGAGCCUGCACUUCGUGCUCUGGGGGUGUCUCCACGUCUACCAGCGCAUGAUCGACAAGGAGGAGGACGUCUGCCUGUUCCUCACGCAGCCCGGCGAGCUGGUGGGACAGCUGGCCGUGCUCACCGGGGAACCUCUCAUCUUCACCAUCAAGGCCAACCGCGACUGCACCUUCCUCAAGAUCUCCAAGUCCGACUUCUACGAGAUCAUGCGGGAGCAGCCCAGCGUGGUCCUGAGCGUGGCCCACACGGUGGCCGCCCGCAUGUCGCCCUUCGUGCGCCAGAUGGACUUCGCCAUCGACUGGAUGGCCGUGGAGGCCGGCCGGGCGCUCUACAGGCAGGGGGACAAGUCGGACUGCACCUACAUCGUCCUCAACGGGCGGCUGCGCUCGGUCAUCCAGAAGGGCAGCGGCAAGAAGGAGCUGGUGGGCGAGUACGGCCGCGGCGACCUGGUGGGCGUGCUUUGA